AUGUCGGAAAAACCAGUUCUACUUUGUUUGGGAGGUGUCUCAUUUCCAGAUGGAGAUUUUUCAGAAUUGUCAAAAGUUGCACAAGUUAUUACAUUAGACCCUGCAACUACAAGGGAACAAUUCAUCAAAAGAUUAGGUGACUCAAAUGAUAUUCUUUCGCAUACUAAGGUCAUUACAAGAACCUUUAGUAGUAUUAAAAAUACUGGUAGAUUUGAUGAAGAAAUUGCCAAAGCAUUGCCGGAUUCGGUUGUUGCUAUUUGUCAUAAUGGUGCAGGCUACGACCAGAUCGACGUUGAAUAUUUCUCAAAGAGACAUAUUCAAAUCUCUAAUACUCCAGAUGUAGUUAGUAAUGCUACUGCAGACACUCAUGUUUUUUUAUUACUAGGUGCAUUAAGAUACUUUUCCUAUGGUGUUCGUGAACUAUUGAACGAAGGUAACUCGAAAGUUGCAGCCAAUAACACCCCAUUUGGUAAUGAUCCAGAAGGGAAAACAGUCGGUGUAUUAGGUUUAGGUGGUAUUGGUCACCAGAUUGUUAAAAGAUUGAAACCUUUUGGAUUUGCAAAGUUUAUCUAUCAUAAUAGACAUAGAUUAAGCCCCGAAUUAGAAAACGGUUGCGAAUAUGUAUCUUUUGAUGAAUUAAUUGCCAACAGUGAUAUAAUUUCAAUUAAUAUUCCAUUGAAUGAACAUACAAGACAUACAAUUAAUGCCGAAGCAAUUGCUAAAAUGAAGGACCGUGUUGUAAUCGUAAACACAGCUCGUGGUGCGGUCAUGGAUGAACAAGCUUUGGUCGAAGCAUUGAAAUCUGGUAAAGUUAAAUCAGCUGGGUUGGAUGUCUUCGAAUUCGAACCUGAAGUCACUAAAGAACUAUUAGAGAUGAAACAAGUUGUAUGCACCCCACAUUUGGGUACUCAAUGUAUUGAAACAAGACAAAAGAUGGAGGAAUUAGUCUAUACUAAUGCUUUACAAGCUGUCACACAAGGUAAGGUUAAGACAAUUGUUCCUGAAAUUUCUCAUGAAGAAUGGUUCAUUAAAUUAUGA